UGGAAAAUACAUAUUCUUAAUCGUGCCCAAAUCAUCGAUGAUGCGUCUUACUUCUUUUUACAAAGAGAACUCAGUUAUAAAUUGUUUUGGAAUCUUACAAGGUUCGUAACACAAGACGCGAAUUUUGUCACAUGGUAUCCUAUGAUUAAAGUUUUCGAAUCCUUUGCUUGCUUAUAUCCGCUUGGAUAUGGUUAUGAAAUAACGAGAAACAUGAAAAACAGAAUAAAUGAACUUCUUACAAAAAUUGGAUACACUGAAAAACCGACAGAUCACACUCUUACUAUAUAUUUGAGAGAAGAAGCUGUAAAAUGGGCAUGUAUACUCAAUGUUUCUGAGUGCCAAAAAGUAGCUACUUCGAAAUUCAACAAGGAGCUUCAAAAUUCUGUAGAAAACAAAAAUUUGACAGGGAAGAAAUGGAUAUACUGUAAUAGUUUAAGAACUGCGAACUACACUAUUUGGUACACGAUAUGGCAGAAAUGGAAGGCAACGUCUGAUGAAAGUUAUAUAGAAUACCUAACUUGCUCUGAAAAUUAUGAUAUUAUUUGCAACUUUUUAAUACUAUUGGAAAAAAUUCCGUCUAAUGAUAGGAAAUGGACCACUAAACGUGCUAAUGCAUUUCUUUCUACUGUUGCCAAACAUGCAAAAAGAGAGGAAGUAAAAACUUGUCUUUUAAAUUUUGUAAGAUAUUAGUUUCAGUUCAAAUAGAACAAAUGACAUAAUUGCAACAUUAAUUGUAAUUAUUACACACUCCGAAAUUCACAUGGCAAAGGUAAAUAUAUUCGCAGAAAAGCACUAUGAAAUACCAAUAAUUCAAGCCAUUGAAAGUAAAAUAAGGAAACGAAGAUUAGAAUACGGAAGACUAAUCAGUAACUACGGAAUUUUUAUUUUCUAUUUUAUUCUGUAAUACAUAUCGUCUAUUGAUAAGUAUGGCAUGCGGAGAGUGAACGUUUCUUAAACGCUGUUUACAUGGCAUAACGUUCUAUCAGUCAUCAAUAUCUCUCUCAGUGUUCGAUGUAUGUUUGAUGUAGAAACAUAGCGAAUAGAUUUAUAUAUCUCUUGACAUUCAUAAUUUGAAGCGGUGUAAAGUGCAUUAAUCUCACAAAAUUGCGCGACGCGACGAACUCUUCUAAUUUAAUUAAUAUAUGUGGGUUCGAGAAAUUACACCAAUAUGGUAUUCCAAAAAGUUUUUAUUAAAUGGCGGACUAGUGUUAAUCGCUACAAUAACUAUUGCCAUACCUACUGCUAACUUUUCCGAAGAUGACGAUCCGUUUAAUGAUAAGAUCAUGCUAAAAGAACCGUUGCAUUACAAUGUCGAAAUACGAUUUUUCUUCAAGGACAAUAUUUUACUCGGAGAAUGUGAUAUUCUUAUGAACAUUAACCGUUCAUUGUACUUAAUUACAAUGAACUCCGUACCAGUUUAUAUAAAUAAAGCAGUCAUGAUUGAUAGUAAAAAUAUUACGAUUCAAGCUUCUACAAUUAUUAACAGAUUCAAGAAUACUCUUACCAUAAAUUUGCAUCAGGAUGUACCGCCUGGUACAUACAAGUUAAAAAUAGCAUAUGCUCGUAUUAUACAUAGAAACAGAAAUUUUUCGCUACCUGUAUAUCAAGACAUAUUAGGUGAUCAAAUAUUGAACCAAACAGGUGUCGAGGUAAUGAAAGCCUUACAACUAUUUCCGCACAUGAAUGAGUCAACCAUCAAUUCCACUUUUAAAAUUGCCAUCAAACAUGGUGAAGAAUACACAGUUUUAUCGAAUAUGCCUAUACGAGCACAAAGUAGAGCUAACAAUCGUAUGAUGUGGACUCAUUUUGAAGAAUUAAUAUUAAUGUCUUUUCAACACAUAAGGGUUGUGAUAACCACAUUUAUUAAUGUUAAUACUGACUUUCCAAACGUUACCAUAUGGUGCAGACAAAGUGCUCGACAACUAAUUUAUUAUGCAAGAGAUGUUAUUGAAGAGGUUAUGCCUUAUUUUAUACAAAAAUACUUGCAGACAUUAUCAAAAUUGGAUAUUGUUGCAUUCUGGCAUUCUCACGACGAUAACGAUGUGAUAUUGGGACUCGUUUUGCUGAGAUUUUAAUUCAGAUUUCACUACUAUAAUCAUGCAAAAUAUCUGUGAGUGUUUUACGCUACAAUUAAAGAAAUUGCUAUAAAAUCUCUUUAUUGCAUCAAUCAUAUUGAAAAGAACUCAUCGAAAGUUUUUGUUGAAUAUGUAUUAAGCUCAUGUUCAUCCGUUACAUUAUUUAUGCAAAAUGUGUCAAAUUCUAUUUUGCUUUUCACCUUAAAUAUA